AACCAAAGCUGGUCUUGCACCCAUGGCGCCACAGCUCUCGCUUGCCCCUCAGAUGCACCGAUUUUCACUGCACUAACAUCCCUAGGCGUUGCCCAUCUUUUACACCAAGCUCUCUUAUGCUCCGUACGCGCGCUGAUGAAAUGCUUCCCUUUUUCGCAGCACCUCAAUAGUUAGCCUUUUCUAUCCAAGGCUCGUAACGCAGCUGCCAAUCCCCGCUUUUCUCUAGUUUCUCUCUCGCCAAAUUUGCUGCUUUCGAAAAUGGUGCUAUUCUUGGUGUUCGGGGAUCUCCGACAGUCCACGAUAGAAAGAGACGAGUAACGCACAAGGCCUUGCCGACUGAGUAAGAGCCCGAAGUGCAGCGAUCGACUAUUUCAAAGAGUGCUUUGAGCCGUGGGAGCUGUACCUGAGUCAAGCGCGUCCCGCGCAGUGCGCGAGUUACGCGCCGAGCACGCCUCUCUCGCUUUCUGCGUGCUUGUAGCUGCACUUAUUCCAGGAAGUGUUCUCGUUAAAAAGUCUCUCGCUAAGAGCACCACAAGCCCUAGAUGACGAUAGCGUCGACAUAUCGGAACGGACCCACGAGGGGACAGGACCCGAGGGGUGCGAUCGGCCCGCGCAAUUCUAGCUCCGCGGGUCGGCGCAUUCUCUCUCCGGGCACCGCGACAUCCUUCCGCCCGACAAUUCUGGCUCAGCCAAUUGCGGAAGACAUGGUGCUUCCCCAACCCGCGGACGCGACUGGCUAUUCCUCCCUCCCCGCAUCUCUUUCCGGCGCGGGGAGCCUCCUGCUGCAGCAGGCCGCUGCGGCGGCCGCUGGGGCGCGCGGGGGCGCGUCGAAGCACGCGCAGUCCUCGCAGCAGCAGCAAGCGGAGGGGAAGCAUGCUGCUCCGGAUAACACUGGCCUGACUCCGGCAGAUUUCAACCCAGGGAUUAUAACUCCUAUCAACCUACAGAAGAACAAGCACCACCACCAUCAGCCGCAGCCGCAGCAGCAACAGCAGCCGCCGCCGCCGGCGCAGCAGCAGCAGCAGCAGUCCUCCACGUCAGCACCCAACACUCCAACCAAGAAGAAAUCGUCGCACCCGCCUUCGGCUUCCUCGUCCCUUCUCAGCGCGCAAGUCAAGACCCCAACCUCCCAGAUCCCCCGCCCAGGGUCGGGAGGCCGCCGAGCCUCUGGCUUCUCGCGCUCUGAUUGGCUCCCGCGAUCCGAAUCGCUCACGCGCUACUCCCGCCGCGCCAGCGCCGCCGCGUCUACCGCCGGCGCGACCGCGGGGAAAGCGGAGGGCAAGAGCAGCAGCGGCAGCGGCAGUGGCGGCGGCAGCAGUGGUAGCGGCGGUGCCGGUGGAAAGGGCAACGCAGGGUCGGGCGCGGAAAGCGGAACGGAGGACGAGCUUCCGCGGUCGGAUUCCCUUCCGCGCAUCCUCAAUGCGGUCGCGAGCCGGCUCACUGGAGGGCGCGCGCACCACGCAAGCUCUCGCGCGCAGCAUGCUGCGGAAAGCGGAAAUGCGGGCGGAGGCGGGGGAGGUGGCGGAAGUAGCAGCGGCGGAAACGCUGGCGCUGGCAGUUCCGGUGGCGUCGGCGGCGGUGGCGCCGGCGGUGGAGGAGGAGCAGGAGCAGGGGGAGCAGGAGGGGGAGCAGGAGGGGGAGGAGGCAGUUCGAGCGCGUCUCCUAUCGCGGCCGGCCUGGCAUCGCCCGCAUCCAAGGCCAAGGGACCCAAGUGGACGCUGAGCAGUCUGGGCAGGGACCCCAAGGCGGACAUGGAGGCAUACCGCCAGCGGGCGGAGGCAGCGGAUCGCAGUCUGAAUGCGGCGACAGCGGACAUCAGGCGCCUGGAAGCGCUGCUCGAGAAGAAGCAGAAGGAGAUAGGCGAGCGGGAGGUGCUGUACAAGAGCUGCGAGAAGGCGCUGGGCGAGCUCGAGAGCAAGAACAGCGAGCUCAGGAGUGAGGUGCGACGCCUGGAGAAGGCGGCGGAGGGCGCGCAGGCGGACGCGGAGCAGCUGCGCAUGGGGCUGGAGGCGAUGGAGCGCGAGGGGCGCAACCUCAAGAAGACCCUCUCCACGCUCACCAAGGAGCGCGACGCCCUUAAAGCCGGACUCGACCGCGCCAUGCUGGAGCAGGAGCGGCUGCUUAAAGCCCUAACCAUGAGCUGCAGCGAGCUGGAGGAGUUGAGGGAGGAGGUCGCAGGGAUGAAGCGGCAGGAGGAGGAGCUUAGGCAGGAGGUGCAGGAGGAGCGGACGGAGAGGGAGAGGAUCCAGGAGGAUCUUCUGGUGGAGCUGGAGGAGGUGCGGCAGGCCAAGCGGGGGCUGGAGGAGAGCUUGAAGAUGGCGGAGGACGAGCGGGAUGAGCUGCGGGACAAGGCGGAAGCGCUGAUGCAGGUCCUGCGGGAGAAGGAAGCGCAGUGGGAGCUGGAUUUGAUGAUCGAGCGCGGGGAGGUGGAGAAGAUCCGCCAGAGGGAGCUGCAGAGAGAGGCAGAGAGGGAGACGGAGAGGCGGAGGGACCUUGAGCUGGUGAAAGAGAGAGAGGAGGAGAUCAGGCGGCUGCUGGAGAGGGAGAAGGAGAGAGAGGUGCAGCUGCUGCAGGGGCAGGCGCGCGUGGGGGGGGCGGAGAAGAAGCGAGAGGAGGAGAAGGUGAAGGAGAGGGAGAGGGACGUGCAGAGGGAGAGGGAGAAGCAGGCGGAGAGGGAGAGGGAGAGGAAGAGGCAGAGGGAGAGGGUGGAGGAGAGGGAGCGGGAGAGGCAGAGGGAGAAGGAGCGGGUUGAGGAGAGGAUUCGGGAGGCGCAGAGGGAGAAGGAGAGGGCGGAGGAGAGGGAGAAGGAGAGGGAUAGAGAGAGGGAGAGGGCGGAGGAAAGAGAGAAGGAGAGGGUGAGGCAGAAGGAGAGGGAGCAGGAGAAGGCACGUGAGGCUAAGAGGGAGGCAGAGCGGAAAAGGGAGGCGGAGUGGGCGGAGCAGGUGCAGAGGGAGAGGGAGGCGGAAGCGCAGCAGCGCGCGGAGGAGCGGGAGAGGGAGUUGCGGAGGGAGCAGGAGCGGCAGGAGGAGAGGGAGAGGGAGAGGGUGCAGAUCCAAGAGCUGGAGCGUCUAUGGGAGAAGGAGCAGGCGGCGAACCGGGAGAGGGAGGAGAUCCGCGAGCGGGAGAGGCAGAGGGAGCGCGAGAAGGAGAGCGAGCGGCAGCACGAGAGGGAGAUGGAGAAACAGCGGGAGAAGGAGCGGGAGAGGGAGCGCGCGGCGGAGCAGAGGCACGAGGAGGAGAGGGAGAAGGCGCGGGAGGAGAUGAGGAAGCAGCAGGACGAGUGGCAGCAGGAGCGCGAGCAACUCACGGACGAACUACAGGGUCUGCACUCCCAGCUGCUGGCCGCCCGCAAGGAGCUGGACACCGUCCGCCAGCAGAGCAACGACCGCUGCAAGGCUCUGAACGGCGAGCUGGAGGAGCUUAAAACGCGGAUGGUGGGGCUGGAGGCGGAGAACAAGAGGGUGAAGGCGGAGCGGGAGAGCAUGGAGGGGGUGCUGGGGGAGGCGGAGUACGAGAGAGACGCGUUCAAACUCGCGCUCGAGCACUCCAACCUGGAGCACAAGCUGCUCUCGCAUGCGCUGAAGUCUAACGGGACGCACGCCAUUCAGAACCUUCAUGGCGAGCUCUCCGCUGCUCAGGCGUCCGUGCGAGCACUGCAGUCCACGGUGGAAGUCAUGCAGCAGCAGAUGCGCAAGUCAUCGUCUGAGAGUGCAUCGCUGUUGGAGGAGCUCACAGACCUCAAGGCCCUGCGACUCACAGAGGUGGCGCAGCACAAGGACCAGGUGGCGCACCUGCAGGCGACCCUCUCCUCCCUGCGCCACGCGCUGGACAAGGAGCGUGACUCCAACACACGCCUGCUCAAGGCCCUUCAGGAGGCAGACAAGACGGCGCUGGACCUGGCGUCUGACGCGCAGGGCGUCACCUCGCACGCCCAGAGGGUCAUGCGCCUCGCCGCCGCCCACAAGGAGCGCAUUGGCAAGGCUGCUGCUGCUGGCGCCGCUGCUGCUGCCGCUGCUGGUGGUGCUAAGAUCAAGUGAGGCGGGAGGAGGCGGGUUUUGUUACGCUGCGGCUAGUUAUUCUGGGGAGAGGGUGGCAAUAAGGAGCAGUCCGUGCCCACUUGCUCUCCCAACCUUCCCCCACCCACCGCCUCUCUUCUGUUUCCCACUCUCUCUCCCUCACUCCUCUCCCUGCCCUUUUGAACCCCGAGCGCAAUGCUUUCACAAUCGCCAUGCUCCUUGGUUUACGUUGGACCUUGCAAUGUAUUGAUUGGCUCUCCUGUUCUUGUCUAGCUGCAUUCUGCUUUGCAAUAGGCCUGGUGAUGCUCCAGCACAUUGUGUGAUGCUGUGUGAGUAGUGAGUGUGUUCCUGUAUACACGCCCACUGAGACAAUGCCUUAGUACUGACGGCUUGCUUUGUGCUAGACUUUUGUGGUGUAUUGCUGUAAUAUGCUCUAUGCUCUUACCUUGUGAUGAUGCAAAUGUACC